CGUUCACUUCAUUUUUUUUGUUACUUUGAACUCCUCAUGGUACAUUUGAGGUGUCAGCACCUUCAAUCUGGAGUCAAUCGACAAGUAUCACAACAGUGGAAAGCUUUAUUACGGAGUGCACAAUGUCAACAACGUUAUCCAUCGAGUUUGACAGGUCAACAAUACUUAUUUUCUACUCUUGGUCAAAAAGGUACAUUGGUCAAUAACCUUGUCAACGAUAUAGAGUCUUCUGCAUCAUCAGCAUCAAUAUUAGAAGAACAAAAACGCCAGUUACGCAAACGAAUAUCUCCUCAAGUCUCGUCAAAAGUAGAUCAACAUUUACGAUCACCUCUUGUACUAUCACUUCACUCUCAUUUACAACAAGGAGAAUAUACACAAGCAUGGACCUUGAUGAAUCAAGUGGUACAGCAAAGGCAUUCACUUCCUCUUGGUACUGCACGAUUUUUACUGGAGACAUUACAAAAAGAAGUCCAAACUCAUCAAGCGAAAUUAUAUGGUAGUCACCGAAAAUUACAAAUUGUAUAUCUUGAUCGAUUGGAACAAUUAUUGAAUCAUCUCCAAUUGACUAGAUUGAGUUGGGAAAAGAAAGACAUGGGCAUUAUCUUUGAUAUCUUUGGACGCUUGGAUCGUGUUGAACGUGCUGAAACCAUAUUCCGCAAUUGGCCUCAAUAUACCAAACAACAUCUCACUACUGAUUCUAUUAAUCGAAUGUUAUCUAUGUACUUUCGUCGCCUCAAAUUCUUGGAUACUAACAAACAACGCAAGUACCUGACCAAAAUGGAAAGUCUUUAUCAAUCAAUGUCACGACGUGGAUGUGUUCCUGAUUCAGCUACUUUCAAUUGGAUUCUAGGGGCCAAGAUCAAGAUGAAUGAUUUUAAAGGAGCUGAAGCAUGGUACAAUCAAACAAUAACAUCGAUGAAAGCCGAUCGGACGACAUAUCAUCUUAUGCUGCAAGGCGCUAUGAAGAAUGGAAAUACAUGUUUUGAAAUAGCGGAUCGCUGGAUGGAUCGAAUGGUACAAGCUGGAUUUGCCCCAAAUCGAGAUACACUGAAACAUGUUAUUGGAGGACUCACAGAACAGGUGGAUCAUCUCUCUCGAAUGCAAGAUACCAAUGAAAUGCAACGCGUCUCUGCUUCUGUCAAACGGCUCUUUACUAUCAUGUACAAAUUGAAACAACAACCCGACACUGCUCUUCUCAACAAUGUUUUGAAAUGCUUUAUCAUCACCAACGAUCACGACGAAAUUAAGUCUGUUUUACGGAAAUUUGAUAUGCCCAAACGACAAUCUGGUGGAUGUUCUGGAUGUAGCUGUCAUUCCACAAAAAGCAACAACAACAACAAGAAGAAGAAGAAGAAGAAGGAUCAGAAUCGAUUGAAAGCAAUCAAUAAAAGAAAACCUGUUCUAUGUACGCCUGAUCUGAUCACCUUCAACACACUUAUUCAUUAUGAAUUGAAAAAUGACCAACUGAAUAAUGGAUUAAAAUGGUAUGAUGAUAUGGUGCGCAUGGAUAUCCAACCUGAUACUGUGACCUAUGGUACUUUUAUUGGCUAUUAUAUCAACAAAGGAAACGUACAAGAAGCAUUACAGUAUUAUGAUGUGAUGGAACGCAAAGGUAUACCUGGAAACGUAACGAUAUACAACAUACUGCUAAAUGGGGCAAUUGAGCAACCGGAAUACAAGGAUGAUAUUAUGGAGCGACAUCGUGGAUUAUUGAUGAAUAUGGUGGAUCAAGAUACUAUCUCCUACAAUAGGCAACUAGCAGCAUCUGUUUCAAGUGUGGGAAAAAAUGCCGAUGCAGCAACAGUGAUGGAGGCCUCUAACCGAUUUGCAGAUAUUUAUGAACAAAUGCUGGCUAAUGAAGUGACACACAACGACCGAACCUACAAUAUUGCUUUGGAUAUCUAUGGAAAACUUUCACGACAUCACAUUCUAGAUGAUACCAUCAACUCGAUCAUGAGCUCCAUGACAACGUCUGAAUUUCAGCCCAAUACCAUCACUUACGCUCUCAAUAUCAGAAAUGCUGUCUAUCAAUGCAACAUGCCACUGGCCAAAUCCUAUUUACAAUCCAUGAUGAAUGAUGGUGUUAAACCCAAUAGUUAUAUCUUCUCACAUCUAGUGACUGGUUACGUACAGGAAGGUGAUUUGAUAAAAGCCCGAAAAUUGCUGACAACCAUGGCCAAAUCUCCUUACAAUGUUCAACCUACUGCCCAUGUGAUGACUCCCUUGGUGAAAGGAUAUGCAGAAAUUGGUGAUUUCGAUCAAGCUUACACACUCUUCAAGGAUAUGCUGGAACAAGGUGUUCAACCUGAUAUUACGACUUAUACUAUACUGGCGGAUAUGUUUGUGGAACAUGGCUCACCCAAGGAAGCUAUUCGACUUUUAUCUGGUUUGAAAGAAUGGGGAAACGUCAAUGGCGAUCUCAACAAUAAUGACAAUAAAAAAGAAUCAGCAGAAAUAACUACGAAUGCAGUGGGACGCGUCCAUUUAGAUCAUAUAGCUUUAGGAUUACUCAUGGAAGCGCAUGGUUUGGCAGGACAAAUAAUGGAUAUCAACAAUUCUAUAAUUUCUUCAUCAUCAUCAUCAUCAUCAUCAUCAUCAUCAGGAAAAUCGUCAGCAUCAUCAACAUCAUUAUCAACAUCAGUAUCUUCAACAUCAUCAUAUUCAUCAUCACGACAUCUAGAAGCGAUCCAGGAAAUAUAUUCAUCUAUUGGACCAUCCAAUUCUAUCAUCAAUGGAAUAUAUCUCACAGCUUUAGCACGAUUGAGGCAGCCAGCAUUAGCAUGGGAAGCAUGGCAUUCUAUGACGAAUCAAAGAACGAUUCAUUAUAAUGCACUUCUCUUUGGAUUGAUUCAAGAUCGGGAAUGGUACAAGACAGCAAAACAAGUGUUUAACACAAUGGCGGCACCUCCAGAUGGGAUAACAUUUGAUGCGAUGAUUGAAGCUGCCACUAGGAACGAUGACAUGACAUUUAUUUGUACUGAUCUUUGGCAGUCUCCUAAUCGACCAAUACCAACCAUAUCCAGUUCUGCUAUUUAUAUGUUGGUGAAAACAUACUACAAGGUUUUCAAGGCAAUGAUAUUAUGUCAAGAUUACCAUCAAGCUCGACAGGUUUAUCAAGAAUCACUGGCUUUACCGAAUACACCUGCAUCUGCUACUGUUUGGAGGAAGGAAAUGCAUAUAUUGGCUUUGGCAAACGGAUUGAUCGAUAGAAAGAAGACAACCAAUUCACUUGGAUCCUCUUUGGGUAAUUAGAUAACUUUUAUAUAUAGUUUAGAAUAAUACCGUACCUUUUUUUUUUUUUUUAUAUUCUUUUCCCCUACAAUCAUCCUCCUUUUUUUAUAUAUACUAUACAACAUUGACACGCGUUACAAAAUUCAUGUAUAUACAUACAUUCCCCUUUUAGAUCUUUACUUUAUAGAAAUAAUAAAAAACAAACAAGCAGAUGAUGUCUUUUUUUU